AUGAAAACUGUUUGGCUUAUUUCGAAUGAACAUCGACUAGCAACAAUUCUUCAUCCAAAAUUAAAGAAUUUUGAAAGUUGCUAUGAUGAGAAAGAACGUGCAAUUUCUGCAUUAAAAUUAGCAUUUGACAAAUAUCAAUUGAAUAAUUCAUCAUCUGCUUGUGUAUUAGGUUCUAAUCAAGUUAUUUCAUCCAUUUCUUCAAAUACUGAUACAAAUAUUGCAUCAUUAAAAGGUAAAAAACUUUUAAUUCAAUGUUUUGAUGCAAUGGUCAAUUCCAAUGUUAAAACACCAAAUUCACAUCAAGAAAUUGAAGAUUAUUUAAAUUCUGAAUUUUCAUACAAUUAUAAUGAAAAUGAAUGUGAAGAUGAUGAUAUUGAUAUUUUAUCGUACUGGAGGGACAAACAAAAUCAAUUUCCAGUGUUAUCAGCUUUAGCUAAAGAAAUUCAUGCUAUUCCCGCAUCCAACACCAUUAUUGAAAGACUAUUUUCAGCUUCAAAAUCCACAAUUACUGAAAAACGAACGAAUUUAGCUUCAGAAAAAUUGAAUCAGCUGCUAUUUUUACAAAAAAAUCUCAUUUUAUUAAAACAACUCUCCCAAGAAAAUAAAAGAAAAAGAACCAUUUCUAUGUCAUCAACAAAUACAAUGUCAUCUGAAGAUUCGACAUGUACUAUGCCAAAACUAUCAAGAAUUGAUGAUGAUAACAAUUAUAGUAGUUCGGAUGAUAUUGAAAUACUUUUUGAUUAG